AUGAUUUUACACCAGUUGACCAAUCGAAUCGCACUAAUAAGCAUCGCAUUUGCUAUACCCCUAACCCUCUUUUGGAACGAAACACCUGGCAGCAAUCGACUCGGCCACCAAUACACGGACUGGCCUGACCAUUCAAGCAAAAACGCCACAUCACAACGACGAUUAAAUGAAGCACAUCUUCUCUUCAACACCAUCAAAACCUUCUCAGCAACCAUGUCUCGCAAGCUCAAGCCGAGUCUUUCCGUGGCAGUCAAAGGCUGGUCAGUGGAAAGAUACCAGAUCUGCGGUGAUCAACAACACAGUCUCAGCCGAGGUCGCCGCGGUGUGCUUCGUGUACAAGACAAGCCGAGCAAUGAUUUCCGUAUCUACCGACCAACAACGACUACGGGGCUGCAAAUCAAGUGUCGAGCGAUACCACCGGGAUUCCUUAACGCGAUCAUUUACUCCAAGGAUGCGAGAGAACCGGGCAGCAGCAAGAGACCUUUUACCACCAAUGCCAAGAGAGCGCACCAACUAGAUGGGGAGCUAGACGAGCAAGCUGGCCCGACUCUCUUGCCCGAGCAACAAGAUGUCGUCGACCAUGCAGUUGCCGGUCACAACAUCUUCUUCACGGGGUCUGCAGGAUGCGGGAAAUCAACCGUUCUCCACGAAGUGCGCAGGCGUCUCGAAGCCUUGGGCAAGAGGGUUCAUGUCGUGGCACCGACAGGGAUCGUGGCUUUAGCCAUCGGUGGUUCUACGACCUGGUCUUUUGCUGGCUGGACACCAAAUUCUAGCAGGAGAUCCCUGAGGGAGCUCCGCAAGACAGCCAAAGAGCAUGCAAUUACCAGGAAAUGGUUGCUGACCGCAGAUACCCUCAUAAUAGAUGAGAUUAGCAUGAUCGAGAACAAUUUCUUUGAAAGAUUCGACUUCCUGUUGAGGAACGUACGGAGUAGUCGCAAGCGACCAGCCCAGCCAUUUGGUGGGAUUCAGAUCAUCGUCACCGGAGACUUCUGCCAACUCCCGCCCGUAAAGCCCUUUGAACACUGCUUCAGUUGUGGAAGAGAAACGCAGACACUGAAAGAGGGUAUCGAGGAGCAGCCACUCACCGCCAAGUUUUGCGCCUCUUGCGGAUUUAUCUUCAGAGAGGAGAACAAAUUCGCCUUCAGCAGCACCGCCUGGCACCACUGCAAAUUUAAAAACAUCCAUCUGAAUACCAUCCACCGCCAAAGAGAUCCGACUUUCAUCUCCAUCCUCCAGAAAUGCCGGCUUGGAAUUCCAUUUUCUACAGACGACGUCGCGGCGCUCACUUGCCUCAAACCGGGCGUUUCCCCUGACAAUGCCGUCAAGCUUUUCCCUCUCCGUGCCGACGUCAGGCAGGCCAACGAGAAGGCUUUCCAGGAACUCCAAACACCACCUAUCACCUUUACAUGCGAGGAUUAUUUUGGGCGUAGCGAGGAUUAUUUUGGGCGUAGCGAGGAUUAUUUUGGGCGUAGCGAGGAUUAUUCUGGGCGUAGCAAGGAAGACUCCCUCAAAUACGGCAAGCGGCUUUCCGACGGAACGCUCAAGUGUCUCGACGACCACCGCUUCGAGAGAAAGCUCAGCUUGAAAAAAGGCAUGCGUGUGCUCCUGCUCAGCAACUUGGAUGUGGAAGCCGGUCUUUACAACGGCAGCCAAGGGAAGGUUGUAGGCUUCGAAUCCUUAACUUUCCCAACCUACCUCGGCCAAGUCAGGGGAGAGUACGCCACACUCAGAAAGAAACUGAUCAGCGAUUUCGCCUCGGCACACGCGGAAGAAAUGAGACGGUACGGCCUAGGCUGGCCCAUUGUUGAGUUUGAUAAUGGACACACGGAGACUAUCUAUGCUGAGUGCAAUGUGCAUGCGGUUGGGUAUGAGCCUCCUUACUGGCUGGCGUGCCGGACGCAGAUACCACUCACGGCGGGGUAUGCGUUGACCAUUCACAAGGCGCAGGGGAUGACGUUGGAGAAGGUUAUUGUGGACCUGUCGAAGGUGUUUGAGGAGAGGCAGAUUUAUGUGGCGCUUUCGAGGGUCAAGACGCUGGAGGGGUUGCAGGUGGUGGGGUUGACGAUGGAGAGGGGAGGAUGGGGUGAUGUUGAGGGGGCUGAGAAGGUGAGGAGGUUUUUGAGAGAGACGUUUGGGGAUGAGGCGGUGACAUACUGA